GGAUCUAGCACUGGGUAUCUGCAGACCUGGCUCUUCUCUGCCUUUACCUCCCAACUUCUCAGAUGGUUGCUGUGGGCCGCUGCCUCUCCUUGCUGCUCCUGUCCACAUGUGUGGCUCUGCUGCUGCAGCCACCACUGGGUGCCCAUGGGGUCCCUCUGGAGCCAGUGUAUCCUGGAGACAAUGCCACGCCAGAGCAGAUGGCUCACUACGCGGCUGAGCUCCGCAGAUACAUCAACAUGCUGACCAGGCCAAGGUAUGGGAAGAGAGACAAAGGAGGCACGGUGGACUUCUUGGAGUGGGGACCACCCCGCACAGCUGGCCCCAGGGAGCUCGGCCCCAUGGACUUCUAAAUCUGCUUCCUUCUUCUGGCACCAAGUCAUCACCAGCCCAACUCUGCCUUCCACACCUUUGGCUCUGGCUCUCUGCUGCCACGCUGGCUAAAUAAAGCAAAUCAAAUAAAAGCCCUUCUCUGCGUGUGUCUUUGUGGA